GGGUCAGUCCCACACUUGGAACCAAAGCAGCGAAGAAGAAAUCCGUGCUAUUUUAAAUGCAGCGAGAGCAGUAACCCCUGGAAGUGUGACGGAACCCGGAUGGCGACAUGUCAACGAAUAGCUGUAUCAGCUAACGUGAGCUGACUGCAAAGGGAUGGUGGUUAGCUAGCUAACAAGCUAGCUUGCUGCAGCAGCUGCACUGUUUUCGUACACCGCAGUCAUGAGCGAAGAUGACACUUCAGCAUCAGCAAAUAAAGACAAAGACUCCACUCUCCUGCUCACGAAAGACGGACAGCGCUACUACGUGAGUAAGAGCGGAGUGGUCGACAGCAGAAAUGUGAUAACGCCGCACGAACCAGAAAACAACGUCUCCUCCUACGACAUGGACGACCUGGACGAGGAGAGCGACGUCUUGGACACUUCUGAUCCCAGAGACAGCGCCGCCAGCCCGGAAGAGCUCAACGACGAGGAGACCUCGGAGGGUGACAACGCUCCUAAACAGUGCACUUAUGAAGGCUGCACGGAGACCACGACGCAGGUGGCCAAGCAGAGGAAACCGUGGAUGUGCAAAAAACACCGCAACAAGAUGUACAAAGACAAGUACAAGAAGAAGAAAAGUGAUCAAGCCAUGUCCAGUGGGAAACUUGAUGAAAACUCAGAGGAGCGGCCUGUGUCUGUGAACAAACAACGUCUUGGUGCCAUGGGGGACCGGCCAGCUAGACCAUCCCUGAUAGAGCAGGUCCUCAACCAGAAGAGACUGUCACUGCUCAGGAGUCCAGAGGUGAUCAGCUUCCUUCAGCAGCAGCAGCAGCUCCUGGCCACACAGAGCCGCAGCCAAUCACAGCAACAGUUCCAGGGUUGCUGACACCGGCUGCUCAAUGUUUUACCUUACUAUUUGUAAUGUAUAACGAGCACUGCCACUUGAUGCAUAAAUGUAGUAACCAUACACUGUUAACAUGAACUUCUGCAGACAGGCUGAAGGUGUGGUGAGACAGGUGGACUGAACUAGGCCCAGGCUGACUAUGUGAAAAACCAUGUCUGGUGCUGUUUAUGAAGUAUAAUUUCUUAAAUACAAGACAUUUCUUUUCAUAUUAACUUAUUGUUAAUUUACAUUGUAGUUACACCAUCAAAUCCCACUCGUUCUGUUAGUUAUUAGUUAUAGGAAGGCACUGUAUUAUAAUUGUCCAGUUGGAGUUGCUCAGAUGUUGUUGCCAAAAUAAUCAUGAGCUCAGUUUCAUCCUCCUGUCUUUUCCGUUGCUUUUAAAAAAAAAAAACAAAAAAAAAACAA